ACCCGCCCCGCAGCGUGGGCCUAUUGCUCACUCGUGCAGCAGCUCCCAGGAGGAGCUGCAAGGUGCAGCAUCUGCCACUGCGACUCCUGCAGGUGGUUCUUCCUCUAAAUCUGAUAGCCCUACCACUAUCCAAAUGCAGGAGUGGGAAAACGUCUUCAGGACCCUUCUCCGCUCUGACAGCUCAGACAGAAACAUAAGCAUGAUGACCCUGUUGCUGGAGCAGUACAUGCUGUACAAGUUCAAGAUGAAAAAGCCCAUCCUGAAGGCCGACCUGCUGCAGAUUAUCGACCCCACCUAUGAAGACCGGUUUGAUGAGAUCCUUAAGAAAGCCUCUGAGCACAUCAGUGUGGUUUUUGCAGUUGAAGUGAAGGAAGCCGACUCGGACGUGCCGUCCUACAACCUGAUCAGCAAACUGAAACUGCCCAACAACGGGAGGGUGCGUCCUGGCAGGGGCUUACCCAAGACCGGCCUCGUGAUGGCUAUCCUGGGUAUGAUCUUCCUAAAGGGCAACCGAGCCUCCGAGGAAGACAUCUGGAAAUUGCUGAACGCGAUGGGAGUGUACGACGGUAGGAGGCACUUGGUCUACGGAGAACCCAGGAAGCUCAUCACCAAAGAUUUAGUGAGGCUGCAGUACCUGGAAUACCAGCAGGUGCCAGGCAGUGAUCCUGCAUGCUACGAGUUCCUGUGGGGUCCAAAGGCCCAUGCUGAAACCAGCAAGAUGAAAGUCCUGGUGUUUAUGGCCAAGCUCAAUGAUACCGUUCCUAGUGCCUUCGCACCCCAGUAUGAAGAGGCACUGAGAGAUGAGCAAGAGAGAGCCCGAAGCCAGCGUGCAGCUGGUGCAGCUUUCCAGUCCCCACGUCCAGCGUUUUCUUCCACCUGUUCCUAUCAUCCGAAGAAAUAAAAACCACAUGCAUAUAUGGUGUGAGGAGGGGAAUCUCCAUGUGAAAAGACUGUAUAGUAAAAUAAGUGGAUGAUUACAAUG